AUGGCACUCUUUAUCCUAACUCUCGCCGUUGCCUUACUGGCCUCUGUUCUAUAUGCCGUCGUUUUCGUUGGCCGCCGCGACCGCCGUCUCCCACCAGGUCCGCCAACGCUUCCAAUCAUUGGUAACCUCCACCAGAUUCCAACCAAAGGCAGUUACUUCACCUUCACCAAAUGGGCGAAGCAGUAUGGAGGCAUCUUCUCUCUCAAGCUCGGACCUGGCACCGCCGUCGUCUUGACCGACCGCCGCCUGGUCAAGCAGCUCAUUGACAAGAAGUCUGGAAUAUACAGCAAUCGACCGCAUUCCUACGUCUCCCACAACCUCAUCACGGGCGGUGACCACAUCCUGAUCGCCCAUUAUGGCAAGAUCUGGCAGCAGUAUCGAAAGUUCAUCCACCAACACUUUAUGGAGCGGAUCGUGGAAGAAGACCACCUCCCCGUGCAGCAUGCGGAGGCAUCGCAGAUGGUGUAUGACUUCAUGACGCAGCCGGAGCAGCAUAUGCUGCACCCCAAGCGGUACAGCAACUCCAUUGCCAUGAGCACCAUCUGGGGCGUGAGGACACCCACGGUCGACACGCCGCAUAUGCAUCGGCUGUAUGAUAUGAUGGAACGCUGGAGCGUAGUGAUGGAAGCGGGCAACACGCCGCCUGUUGAACUGUUCCCUUUUCUACAUUACGUACCGGAGAGCUUACUAGGCAACUGGCGGCAACGGGCAAGUGAUGUUGGCGAUGAGAUGAACUCACUCUACGGGGAUUUGCUCGACCAGAUCUACGCUCGGCGCGAGAAGGGCGGUAAGAUGAAAACUUUCAUGGACCGGGUUCUGGAUCAGCAAGAGAAGUUGGAAUUCAACAGACACCAGUUGUACUUCAUGGGCGGGACCAUGAUGGAGGGGGGUUCGGACACGUCAGCGUCGAUACUGCUUGCGGGCCUUCAGGCGAUGGCAAAGUGGCCAGAGAUCCAGCGGAGAGCGCAGCAAGAGAUUGAUGCCGUGGUGGGUCAGGAUAGGUCACCGACGUGGGACGACUACAAGAAUCUGCCUUAUGUGGCUGCCACGGUAAAGGAGGCGAUGCGCUGGCGGCCAGUCACGCCGCUGGCCUUCCCACACUGUGUGGACGAAGCAGACGACUGGGUCGACGGCAUGCUCAUCCCUAAAGGUACGGUCGUCUUCAUCAACGUUUGGGGCCUACACCACGACGAGGAACGGUUCCCGGAUCCUGAGCGAUUCGAUCCCGACCACUUCAAGGGCGUCACCGCCCUGGCCUCGGAGCUGGCACAGUCAUCCGACCCCGAUGACAGGGACCACUACGGCUAUGGGUCCGGCCGCAGAAUGUGUCCCGGCAUCCACCUCGCGGAGCGGAACAUGUUUCUGGCGUUCGCGAAGCUACUGUGGGCUUUUGAGUUCAGUCCCGGUGAGGACGAGCAUGGGAGGCCGCUGGAGAUCGUCACGGACCCGGCGACUGCAUACUCUGAGGGGUUUCUGGUCUGCGCGAAGCCCUACCCGCUGAGAACGGUGGUGAGGUCGGGCGAGCGGAGAGAUACGAUUAUUAGAGAGUAUGAAGAGGCGAGGCGGGAUGUGUUUUCGAACUACCCUUCGUAG